GUUCUUUAAUUUCACUUGCUAGUAUUAAAAGUACUUAUAUUUAUAUAAUUGUUUAUGCUUUUAAAGUAAAAUACUUAUUUAAAAGUUAAAUAUUAAUACAAAUAGAUAGUAUUUAUCUACUAAUUUAGAUAUAGUUGUAUAAACGAUAUUGUGUGAAAUUCUAAUUAUAUUAUAUCUUGUUACUGUCAAUUUAUACACAAUUAUCAUGAAGUUAUUAAGUUUAUCUAGAUUAUCUUUCAGCAAAUAUUUUUAUUCAAGUUGUUCUGUUAAACAUAUUAUAGAAUCACAACCAGAAGGCAGUAAAAAAAAAAUAAAGGUAAUAUCUUAUUUUCAAUAUUCUAUUAUCUUGUAUAACUGUGUUUAUUUCGAAAAAAGACAAUACAAAUCAAUACCAAUGCACACAAUACAUUUUAAAAGUAUUUUCAAUAUAAUUAAAUUACAAUAGUAAUUUAACUGGUACUUAAUAACUUUUACAUGCAUAAAAUAUUUAUGUUAAGCUAUUAGACAUUUAUUUUAUUUUCAGGGUUGGGCAAAAGCAAUGCGUAAAAUGAAAGAGAACAUAUUUAUAGAUUUGGAUGAUGGUUCUACACAUCACCGUUUACAGGUAGUAAUACCUAAAAAUAAGACUCCUGCUUCAUUAACUUAUGGAUGUUCAUUUGAAGUUGAGGGUGUUUUAAUUAAAAAUCCUAGUAGUAAACUUGAACUGGUAGCAGAAAAUAUUAAUGUUUGUGGGCCUUGUGUUGUUCAAGAUGGUUAUCCAUUCGCCCCUCGUAAGACUUACCAUCCAGAUUAUGUAAGACAGCAUUUACACAUUCGACCACGUACAGUUACAUUCAGUAGUUUACUUAGACUCCGGGAUAAAAUGUCCAGUGCUGUAAGAAACAGAUUUUUUGAAGAAAAUUUUGUAGAAAUAAAUACUCCUGUGUUGUCUUCGAAUGAUUGUGAAGGAGCUGGAGAAGUAUUUGCAGUAAGACCAGAUAGUAAUAGUUUAAUUAAAGAAAUGGCUUCACAUGACCAUCAAUCACCUAUGGAAGCUUACUUCAAUAAUCAAACAUACCUAACAGUAUCUGGACAAUUGCAUUUGGAAUGUAUGGCACGAGCUCUAAAUAAAGUUUACACUUUGGGACCAACUUUUAGAGCUGAAAAUUCAAAGUCUAGAUUACAUUUAUCAGAGUUUUAUAUGAUUGAAGCAGAACAAGCUUUUAUUGACAAUACUGAAGACCUAUUAAAUGUAAUAGAAAAAACUAUAUCUACUGUAGUAAAACAACUACUUGAUGAAUCUGGUGAUGAAUUAAAACAUUAUAGAAAAGUCACUAGUGCUUCUAAUGAUAAUGAUCCCGUUAAUUUAAUUAAAGUCCCUUAUGAAGUAAUAAGUUACCAGAAAGCAUGUGAUGUAUUAAAAAAAGAAAAUAGUUUUAAAAAUCCAAUAAUUAGAGGCAAACCAUUAACUAAAGAACAUGAAUUAUUCUUAGUAAAAUAUAAUGGUCAGAAACCAAUAUUUGUUGUUGAUUGGCCUAAACAUUUAAAACCAUUUUAUACAAAAGCAAAAUUUAAUGAUGAUUCAAUGGUAUGUUUUUUUUUUUUAUUGAUUAUAUAUGUAAACAUACAUCUAAUCUGUAUAACUUAUGUGCAGGUAUCGGCUGUUGAUUUAUUAUGUCCUAAUGUUGGUGAAUUAUGUGGUGGGAGUGUGCGUGAAGAUGAUUAUGAUAGUUUAAAAGAAAAGUUAUCUUUUGUUGGACUGGAAGACAAACUAGAUUGGUAUUUAGAGUUGAGAAAAUUUGGAAAUGUGUCUACUGCAGGUUUUGGCAUAGGGUUUGAACGUUUUCUUCAAGUAGUGUUGGACGUGCAGAACAUAAAAGACACUAUUCCAUUUCCUCGAUGGCCACAUAAUUGUAAAAUGUAAACUGUAAAUUGAAUAAUAAAAAUUAAUUU